CCUCCCUGAACCGAACAAAGGAUUGCCAGGGCCACCUCUCUCCUUGAACCUCAGGAGGCAGCACAGGACCCAGGCCCAUCCUCCGGGACCAUGGUUGGACUUCAGCCAUCAGAGGUGCCUCCCACCACAGUUGUGAAGUUCCUGGGGGCCGGCACCGCCGCCUGCUUUGCUGACCUCCUCACCUUCCCCCUGGACACCGCCAAGGUCCGCCUGCAGAUACAGGGGGAGAACCCAGGGGCGCAGAGCGUGCAGUACCGCGGCGUGCUGGGUACCAUCCUGACUAUGGUGCGCACGGAGGGUCCCCGCAGUCCCUACAGCGGACUGGUCGCUGGACUGCACCGCCAGAUGAGCUUUGCCUCCAUUCGAAUUGGCCUCUACGACUCUGUCAAGCAAUUCUACACCCCCAAGGGAGCGGACCACUCUAGCGUCGCCAUCAGGAUUCUGGCAGGCUGCACCACAGGAGCCAUGGCUGUGACCUGCGCCCAGCCCACGGAUGUGGUGAAGGUCCGAUUUCAAGCCAUGGUACGCCUGGGAACUGGAGGAGAGAGGAAAUACAGAGGGACUAUGGAUGCCUACAGAACCAUCGCCAGAGAGGAAGGAGUCAGGGGCCUAUGGAAAGGGACUUGGCCCAACAUCACAAGAAAUGCCAUUGUCAACUGUGCUGAGAUGGUGACCUAUGACAUCAUCAAGGAGAAGCUGCUGGACUCCCACCUGUUCACUGACAACUUCCCCUGCCACUUUGUGUCUGCCUUUGGAGCUGGCUUCUGUGCCACGGUGGUGGCCUCCCCAGUGGAUGUUGUAAAGACCCGAUACAUGAACGCGCCCCCAGGCAGGUACCGCAGCCCUCUGCACUGCAUGCUGAGGAUGGUGGCCCAGGAGGGCCCCACGGCCUUCUACAAGGGAUUUGUGCCCUCCUUUCUGCGCUUGGGAGCUUGGAAUGUGAUGAUGUUUGUAACCUACGAGCAGCUGAAGCGGGCCUUGAUGAAAGUCCAGGUUCUGCGGGAAUCCCCGUUUUGAACAAGGCAAGCAGGCCACCUGGACGGACAAGCCUCUCUGCCCUGGGGACGCGGGCCCACACGCGGUACAGAACCCUGCACUGUUGCUCACUUGAGAAACUGAACUAAAAGAGGAGGAGAGUUUUGGUUUCCGCAUUUUGUCCUAAAACACCAUUGUUUUGCACUGACCUGAUGGGAAAUAAAUUAUAUUAAUUUUUAAAACCCAUCUGGUUGGAUGCCUAACAUUUAGGCAAGAGACAGCAAAGAAAACCAGAGUCAACUCCCUUGAAAAGUAGGAUUGAAUGAUGCAUAAUAAUCAGGAAAGGCCACAGACACUGGGAAGAUCAGCCCACUGUGUUGUCCUUGAAUCAAACAAAAUGGUAGGAGAGACCCUUCAGCUCCAGCACAAAGCUGUGACUGCAGCCUUCCCAGUCACCAGGUGACUCCACCCCUCCGUAAGGAGUCUGCCAAGUGGACUCUAUCAGGAUUCUGGAGAAAAUGAGAAAGGAAAAAGAACACAUUGACCGUGUACGAGUGAGUCGUGCUGGGCCCACUGACGACACGAGGAUGGAGCGUAUUCAGUGGAUAACAGUCCUUCCCUGUCUGCCUCAUCAGGGUGUUGGGAAGAUAGAAAGCGAAGCAGGCAUGGAAGCACUUUCUAACAACGCCCGUCGUCUACAAAUAUAAACAUGAGGACAAUGUUUUAGGAGAGAUUCUAUCCAUAGAAGAAGUUUGAGGACAAUGCAGUUUGUAGUGGUGAGGCCAUGAACACCUGGACUGCUUGCUAAGGGCCAUAGGUGACUGAAGCCAUGGGGACCUGCUGCCUAGUAACGUCUAAGCGCUGGGGGGCAGGGCAGUGCUUGUCCAUCAGUCCAGAGUAGCAGGACUCAGAAACUUUAGGGAAUUGUUAGGACUCAGGAAAAGAAUUUCCACCUUAAGGGCAAGAACGAGCACCACUGCUCUUCUGCCUUCUCUCUCUUGGGGAUUUUCUCAUCUCAGGGUUCUACUGCCACCGGGCCCCGACCAGCUCUGCCCGCCCACACUUUGGAUGCAGUCUUUGCUCUACCUGUUAAGCCUUCAGCCUUCCAUCUGCAAAAGGGAGGGUGAAGAACAGGACCAACUUCCAAGCUUAAAACUGCACAUCUGGCAACGAAACAGCUCAGUGGGGUCAAUUCCUGGGACCCACAUAGUGGGAGGACAGAACAGACUCUUGCAAAUUGUCUUCUGACCUCCAUUUGAGCACCCUAUUCACAUGACUGGACAUAUGUACAAACACGAUAAAGACGGAAACAAACGUAAAAAAGGAAAAUAAAAAGAUUUACUGAAUGUGGAGGUUUGGAUGAGAUGUCCCCCUUAUGUUCCCAUAUGUCUCAGACACUUGAAUGCUUGGUCCCCAGUUUUUGGUGGUUGUUUGAGGAGGCUUAGAAGAUGUGGCCUUUUUUGGAAGAAGUGUGUCACUGGGAACUGGCUUGGAGAACUCAAAGAUUCACGACACUCCCAGUUUCUCUGGUUGUUGGUUUUGAGAUGUGAGUUCUUACUGGCCGCUCCGGUCGCCAGGCCUGUCUGCUGCCCGGCCUCCUCAGCCCGAUGCACUUUAUCCCAAAUAAACCUUCCUUCUGUAA